AUGGCCAUGAAACAUGGCUGCAGAAGCCACGCCCUCAUUGUACGCCAGAAAACCCCUCACGCUUGCCCUCACAACGUCCUAUUGGGAAGAAUCCGUCACCUGCAGGACCUUCGCGACAUUCGGACCAGACGAAGGGGGAAAGACGAGCACAAUGCCCGCCGGGCAACCAACACCGUUUUUACUAGCAUUUUAACCUCCCGCCAACUCGCCCAUGGGGAGGCUCCUUCCGAGGACUCUCCGAUCUGUUCCCCAAACUCCUUGAAACGACGUCGAGGAAUAGCUGGAGCUAGCGAAGCCCCUCCACUAGCCAGAAGAUGUAAAGUGGAUAGGAAAGAGUCGGUAACUAUCCACGCCGGCUAUCUGCGUUUGCCAUGGGAUGCGUGGAUGAAGGCACAACGUUUUGCGACUACGCGUCAGUCGAACUUCAAUCCAGGCGGUCUGGCUCAUAUGAAUAUCGGUUCGGACCCCAUCAUUCACGCCGAGUAUGUUCGCCGCCUGCUUCACGGAGAGUUGUAUGACGAUUACGAUGAGACACCCUCCCGUGGCGCUAAACGAGAACGUUCUCAUGUUGGAUGUAGGAAGGUCAGCGUCGAGAGUUGGAACCCUUCCCCAUCCAAGAAAAUUCGGAUCUCACGACGUCAACGUCGGGAACCACGUCAAUACCCCCGCGCCAUCCCACUACCAACACAUCGACGUCGGAAACAUGUCAAUCCAGGUGUUGUGCGGAGUGGCAGUGAACGGACCUCAAGGUCACCAAUAGAUGUGCCUGGCCCCGUUCCUAAGCGCAUUCUACCUAGCGACUCGACUCUCCCCGCAUGCUCCCAAAUGGUUGCCAUGCUCAAACGGGCGUCCGCGCAUAUCUGCGAGAUACAGGAACAGGAACGUAUCAUCCCCAGGACUGUCAUAUAUCAAGAGAGCACAAGCAAACAACCACGGUUCAUUGAAUUUCCUGCAAUGGCGACUGAUGACGAACCUUCAAUUCGCGCCGGUGGCGCCGAUAUCGCCACCUCUUCGGCUCCUAGCGUAAUUGUCGGUCUGGGCGAUUCCUUCAAUGCGGUCCCGGUCCCCACGCUUGACAUUCAGAUGUGUGUACUUUCAUUAGCUGACCGGGAUGCCGAAAUGUUUGCGGCUACUCGAUUGAAUGACGACCUCCGGAAGCGACACUUCUCCUGAUUUUUCUAUCGUCAGACACGAAGCUUUCGUCAUGUCCGACACGCAGUCUAUGUUGAUAGACGGUAUAUCGGCUCAGCCUUCCGUUCCCCCCGCGACUUCUGCUUCAUGGACGGACAUUAUUCCUGCCGAUAAACAGGACCCGUAUCAACUUCCAAUCGGAUUGGAUCUUUCGUUUUUUGACAACAUCGAAGCCCACACGACGACUGAUA